AUGGCCACAGUGAAGGAGAGAGCUGCCGCGCUGAAUUUGUCUGGAAAACUGUGUCUGCGUUCUCCAGGUCAUGGCAUGGUCCAUAAGCCAUUCCAGGCCUCUCCUAUAUGGAGCAGCAUCAUUGCCAACCUCAAAAUGUCAGUAAAGGUGAAGCGAAGGCGCUUUCACCUGAAGUCGCAUAAUGACUGCUUUCUGGGGUCAGAUGCAGUGGAUGUGGUGUUGGACCAUAUAGUCCAGAGCAAGUUCUUUGAAGGUGCUGACAUCUCACGGGACAAGGUGGUGCGUGUUUGUCAGGCCCUCCUGGACUGUAAGGUGUUUGAGACAGUUGGAGCAAAGGUCUUUGGUAAAGAUAAGAGGCAAGAUGUUUUCCAGGACAGCAAAGGUUACCUCUACAGGUUUCUGAACACACAAAUGCCUUCUAUGGAUGAACUUGAAAAAGGAAUCCUUUCUCCUGGUAUUCAAAGCACCUUUUGCAGUGCUUCUUGCAGGUGGCAAGAGGAGCAACUCUAUUCACAUGGUACACCUCUGAGAUCCAACCAACUGUUGGAAACUGUCCUGGGAAACCUGAGUCUGAGUCCAAGCAAAGCACACAUUGAUUCUCCAUUACCACAGACCCUGGUUGAUGAAGUGUGGCGUGAGGAGACGAUGCUGAGACUGCUGCAGCUGGUAGAGCUCCCUAUGUUGGACAAUCUGUUGGAAGGUGGAGAGGCCUCUCCCCGUCGCAUGGCACAGAGGGACCCAGACUUGAUUUACACCAGCAACUACCUGGACCGUGAGAUCCUGAGGGCCUUCAAGGACUCACAGGAGGAUGAUUGGCUUACAGCAGCAUUGGACUGUCUGGAGUUCCUGCCUGACCAGCAGGUGGUGGAGGUGAGCCGUGAUCUGCCCAGGUGUCCAGACGUAGUGGGUCAGUGCAAACUUCUGCUGUAUGAAACAUUGGUGAAAUACUAUGGCCAGCCCGACCGCUCACCCCUGCUCGCCAACCACAUGUCCGACUUCUACACUGGGGUUACUGAAUUACUAGUGAAUGCAAAGUUUGAUAAAGCUCUUGAGGCACUGCAGUUGUGUUUGAAGCUUCUGCACCCUCGUAAGCGGGAGGAACUGCGCACAUUGUUGAGCUUCAUGGCUAUGGCUGCAGACCCACUGGAAAUCAAGCUGGACAAAGAGAUUGAGAACAAAAUGGUUGUGAAGAUGGCUUUUUCCAGAGCCAUCAUCCACAGCAAAUCUCUAGCCAAAGAGAAAGUGGACCUCCUGGUGCUGUUCAUGCUGGACAACCGCCAUUACAUUUUUAAGAUACCAGGAUCUUUGCACAAGCUGGUCAGUGACAAACUUGCCAGAGUUGUGCAAGGGGAACAACCAGAUGUGACAGGGUCCACGUUCUGUCAGCAAGUCUCAACAAAGGCUUAUACUGACUGUACUCAAAGAACAACACAUGAAGCGCUGUUGGUGUUACUGAGGAAUAUUAAUGAAGACCCAAAGCACUCUGCCAAAGAGAGGAAACGGCUCCUCAGGCAAUUUUACCAAGGCCACCCAGAAAUAUUUGUUCAGUAUUUUGGGGAUUCUGUGUCUGCUGUCGGUGUGUAG